UCUAUCGGAACAUUUACGAUAGAAGUUAUCCGUCCAGGUGAAAUCAACGUGACAAGGCUGGUGCCUUCACAGGCGGCCAAGGUGGCGUGGGUGUGCAGUUCUGGUGAACAGGGAUGAACUUGGCCCACUCAACUAUGUAGAGUCAUUUUGCGGUCAUGCUUGGACAUAAAACUUACAACCAUGCUCAUCAAGCUGCGACAGAGGGAGGUUACCCUGUGCGCAGGAGGCCUGUUUUUGGCAGCGUUGAUUUUCGUGCCUUUUUUGUCUGUGUGGAAACGGCCAGAUAAAAAUCAUGGAGAAUAUCAGAGAUCAUUCCAGGGUUACUCUGUGUGGCCAGAUUAUAGAAAUAAUCCAAGCAGGUCGCAUCACUGGUUUAAAAAGACCUGUUUCUACACUGAAUAUCAACAGAUGGAGAUAGGCAUAUUGGCUGAUGUUCUGAAACAGUGGGAAAAUGCACAAGACAGCCAAUGCAGAGAACUUUUUAGGAAGUUCAAUUUUGUGUUUUCUGUAAGAGAAACACCUACCAAUGUCAUCAUUCCUGCGAGCUUUGAAGACAAGAUUAACAAAUGGCUUGGGAACAAAAAAGAUGCAUUUAAAGAGGUGACACAUCAAGUCAUCACAUCAGUUUUUAAUGAACUGACAUCAGAACACACCAUCUACAACCCACUGCGAGCCAAAAGACCCAUGACCAAGACUUCCCAUCAGGAUAGACAAUAUGUAGAAGACAUAACCAAGGAAUCUGCCCAGAAUUGUGACUUCUGUGAAGGAUCUUAUAAAAGGUUCACUGCAUUGGAUCCAUUUGGUCGAGUGGAGUCCAAGCAUUCCUACAGUGUAGCUAAUGCCUUUAAGUAUGAUAGGUGGCACAGUUUGGUGCUGCUGAGGAACCAUCAUCCACUCAAAUGGACCGAAGAAGAGUUCUUGGAUAUGGCAAACACGGGGCUCUCAUGGAUGAAGAAUGUGAAUGCCAUCCAAAAGGACUAUGUCUAUCCCAUAAUAUUCUGGGACUUACUUCCUCAUGCAAUGGCCAGUCAGAUUCAUCCACACAUACAUGUUAACGUGCGGCCAGAUCAGUAUUAUGGUGCUCAAGAGUUAUGGCGCAGGGCAGGAGAAACAUAUUUUAGGGAAUUUGGCAGCAACUAUUUCAAAGAACUGAAAGAACUUCAUCAGGUUUUGGGACUCACAGUGGACUUGGGGACUGCCACUGCUUUUGCCAAUCUGAACCCCAAACAUGAGACAGAGAUCAUUGUUCUUAGCAGGACUCCAAACAAAGAUUUCUUCAGGCUGAUAUAUUAUGUGCUCAGAACAUACUUAGACGACCUGGAUCAAUUGUGCUUCAGCAUGGCCAUAACAUUACCAAGUCUGGUGCCAGAUUCAUAUAUGAAUGCUGAUCGUGGCAGAAUGCCAGCUUUUGCCAGAAUCACCAGCAGGGGUUCCGCUUCCAGUGUGAAAGGGGACCUGAGCUCCAUGGAAAUGUAUGGGGUAUCUAAUGUGAACAUGGAGCCUUGGACUAUGAUUCAGCAUGUCCAGCAGUCUGUAAACAAGAGAUCUGUGGGUGGAUAAUAAGAAAGAAUAAGAGGAUUUAAGAAGCACUAGAAUAUGAACAGGAGGCCUGACUCGGGCACAGGAGUCCAUCAGUUCAGCUGUCUGUGUUAUCUUGUCAAAGAUGGAUUAAGGAUGGGAGUUCUUCUCUUUCAGGAGGUUGUCUUCCUUUGUGUGUUUGAAAGGAAUGUGGUGCUGUUAUGAGUACCUUUUUUAAUUGAAUUUAUUAACUUACAUAUUUUAAUAAAGGUAUUUUAUUUUUUUACUUUUUUGGGGGAGGGAGGGGGGGGGGAGAAAAGCAUUUUCUGUUCCCAUUGGUACUUUAUGAUCCAGUUUGAUGAGAGUAUAUUGGGUAAUAUGGAACAGGUGUUGAUGUUAUAUAUAAAUAUAUAUAUGUGAUUAACCUGCAGUAGUGGAAUAAAAGGGCCUUUUAUAAGCCAUUAUACAGAUAGAAUGUUGAACAGCUCGUUAACAGAAGCUCUUGGACAACAGCCAUUUUGCAGGUUGAAAACAUGAUGUAUGUUUGAGUUUCCAUUUUUAACCCCUAUCUCUGUACAAUACACCUUUGUCCAUUGAAAGGUCCCAUGUCUGCUGAAUCGAAUUUUUUUAAUGGGUAAAGUCCUUCUAUUGGGACAAAUUGACUGACAGCAUAUUGUUCAUAGAGAUAUUUAAACAAAGCUAAAUCACCAUGUUACUAACAACUUAUGCAGUUUAACAGUAUAUUUUUAUACCGAUUAUAUAAGUAUAGUUUUAAAUUUUGUGCAGAAAUUGAAGUCACCCAAGAAUUGUUUUAGUGAUCACUUAGUUUAACUGCAAAAAUUUGAUGUUGUAAAAAAAUAAGGUUAAAUGUAUUGUUUUCCCUGGCCAUUUAUGCUCUUAUAAUGGCUUGCUUGUGAUGUGAUGAUCAUGAUGACUGUAUUGUAUUGUGGGAUGAAAUUUAGGCUACCCCCAAAUAAGUCUAAUGAAAAUCUAGAUACAGAACUUCAGAAUUAAAAUUCAUAUUUUGUGUUCAAAUGGUAAAAAUGCUUUUGCUUCUGAACUUUUCACUUUGGAAAAUGUAUUUCAGUAAUUUUUAGUUAAAACAAUUGGGCAGACUUAUAAAAUGGGUUUUAUAUUAAUAUGUUGGUAUCACGCUUUAGAACUGAAUUUGUUUAGAUCAUUCUGUGAUUUGUGUCAAUAAUUAUAUCAAGGUGAAAGAUUGAUUGUACAUCUAAUUUUAAGAAAUCAAAGAAAUAGAAUGUACUUUACUAAAAUGACAGUUGAGACUUCCUGCCUAUAAAUAUUAAUUAAUGUUUAAUUUAUUUGAUAGCCUGGUUUAAAGAUAUUUGUAAUAUGCCAUAAUUUUAUUCAUAAUGUAAGAUCUUUUAUGAAAUUAGGGUAAAACUUGGUUCUAUAAAUUAUAACUGUUUUUUAUGGGAGCAAGGUGAAAUUCUGAUCUGGUAAAGUUAUUUGUGAUAAUAUAUUAUGCAGAGAAAUGUGCAUAUCAAAGUUUGUCUUAUACAGUUCAUGUAUGCAUAUUGUAUCACUAAAAGAGAUGUCUAUUAUAAAUAUAUCAGUCACAACUGCAUAUCUUUCAUGUCCCAAAAUUCUAUAUAUUAUGCCAAAUACUUGCCUUUAAUUUUGUGUUUGACUUUUAGUGUUGAGGUUAUGUAGUCAAGAGUUAUUUUUGUUAGAUUCUGGUAUAACAUAUAACAUUAAAAAAGUGCAUAAAUGCUUACAAGUUGAGGUUUUAUUUUCAUUUCUUACUUCAUUUUAUGAGGAUUGUGUUUGUCAGUAUUAGUGUUUAUGUCCAGUCACUGUUCCCAAGGUUUUGAAUGAUUUAUUGUUUAUAAGAUGGGUUGCACAUUUUACCUGUUUCAGCAGAAUAUAGCUGUAGGUUGCAGAGGGUCACAGUGCCUUA